AUGGAGGAUAUGCGAAAGGACAUGGGUGUGAGUACAAGUUAUGUGAAGGCUUGGAGAGCUAGGGAACAUGCAUUGGAGUUGGUUAGGGGAUCGCCAGAGGAAUCUUAUGCGAUACUUCCAUCAAAUUGUGCUACGUUGUUAGAAGCCAAAAAUCUUGGUAUGAUAACUCAUAUUGAAACUUGUAAUAAUAAUCAUUUUAUGUAUUUUUUCAUGUCACUUGGACCUUGCAUAAGAGGAUUUCGCACUGUUAUCAGGCUAGUAAUUUCACUUGACGGGACAUUUUUAAAAGAUAAAUAUCGUGGGACAUUGUUUGUUGCCACAUGCAAGGACGGAAAUAACCUAACAUACCUUGUUGCAUUCGAAGUAGGAGAUUCAGAAAAUGAUGCAUCUUGGAAUUGGUUUUUGACAAAAUUACGAGGAGUUAUUGGGGAUAUUAAUGUAGUUUUCAUUUCUGAUAGACAUGAAAGCAUUCAUAAGGCUAUCUCCACUAUAUUUCCGGAUGCUCAUCAUGGGGAAUGCAUAUUCCAUAUAAGUCAGAAUCUUAAGAACCAUUUAAAGCAUGAGAAAGUGCAUCCGUUAUAUUUUAGAACUGCUAAAGCAUAUCUUGUUCUUGAAUUUGAUCAUCUUAUGGUGUAA